AUGCUGCAGACGCUGCUGAUCAGCGGGACCCUCGCCCUACUCGCUGCAGCCCCAGGCCAGGCCCAGGUCCCCAUCCAGGCUGACUUCGAUGCCAGCCAGUUCCAGGGCCCCUGGUACGUGGUUGGGGCGGUGUCGGACGACCAGGGCUUCCUGGACGCUAAGGACAACAUGAAGAUGCCCGUGGUCUUGGUGACCUCCUUGGCUAACGGCAACCUGGGCAUCAAGUUUGGGUUCCCCACGCCCGAUGGCGGGUGCCAGGAGACGGACAGCACCUUCACCAAGGGGGCCGUGGACGGGCAGUUCAGCAACGUGGCUAUGGCCCAGACCGACAUCAGGGUGGCUUUCACCGACUACAAGCACUUCGCCGUCAUGUACUUCGAGACUCAGAAGGGGGGUGCAAAGGACAUCUGGCUGCAGCUCUACGGUGGGUGA